AUGCCGGUCUCCUCACAGUAUCCGCCGGUUGACAUCCCCAAUGUCGACCUUUGGACAUUUCUAUUCGAACGCAAGGAUAGGACCUUUCCAGAUGACAACAUCAUUUACCAGGAUGCUGAUACACAACGAUUUUACACCUACAAAACCUUGAAAGAUGCAGCACUUGCCUUUGGUCAAGGGCUGAAGGCCGUCUACGACUGGCGUAAAGGGGAUGUUUUGGCGUUAUUCACCCCGAACAGCAUUGACACCCCUGUGGUGAUGUGGGGAGCUCAUUGGGCUGGAGGCGUCGUAUCCCCGGCCAAUCCAGCCUACACAACCGAGGAGCUGGCUUUCCAGCUGAAGAACUCAGGGGCGAAAGCUGUAAUUACGCAGGUUCCCCAGCUAUCGGUAGUAAGAGAGGCCGCCAAGAAAGUCAACAUCCCCGAGGACCGCAUCAUCCUCAUCGGAGAUAAGCGCGACCCAGAAGCAAGGUUCAAACAUUUUACGUCCAUCAGAAACAUUUCGGGGGCAACCAGGUAUCGCAAAACCAAGAUCAAUCCGGAUAAGGACCUGUCAUUCUUGGUUUAUUCUUCGGGUACCACUGGUGUUCCUAAGGGUGUCAGGCUUUCCCAUAGGAAUAUCGUCGCCAACUCUCUUCAGCUGGCUGCUGGAGAGGCUGGCCAUCUGACUUGGAAUGGUGGCGCUGACGGCAAAGGAGACCGAGUACUGGCGUUUCUGCCAUUCUUCCAUAUUUACGGCUUGACCUGUCUUGUGCACCAGACAUUGUACCAAGGUUACAAACUUGUGGUGAUGGAGAGAUUCGAUAUUGAAAAAUGGUGUGCCCAUGUUCAGAACUACCGCAUCACGUUUUCCUACGUCGUGCCCCCGGUCGUUUUGUUAUUGAGCAAACACCCUGUAGUCGACAAGUAUGACCUUUCCAGUCUCCGCAUGAUGAACUCGGGUGCCGCCCCGCUCACGCACGAGCUUGUGGAGGCCGUGUAUGCACGGAUUAAAUGUGCCCUGGGAGGAAUGGCGCACAAGCAUCGGAUCGGUCGCAAAAUGUUGCCGAACAUGGAGGCCAAAUACAUGACCAUGCCUGAGGAUGGGUCGGAGCCUCGCGAGGUAUCAGCAGGAGAGGUAGGCGAGCUGUACAUGAAGGGCCCCAAUGUCUUCCAAGGGUACCACAACAACCCAGCUGCAACUGCCGAAUGUCUUACCGAUGGAUGGUUCCGCACCGGAGACGUCGGUUACCAAGAUAAGAACGGAAACUUCUACAUUACGGACCGUGUCAAGGAGCUCAUCAAGUACAAGGGCUUCCAGGUUGCUCCAGCAGAGCUGGAAGGUAUCCUUGUAGACCACGAGGCAAUCGACGAUGUCGCUGUUAUCGGUAUCGAAAGUGAGGCUCACGGCACUGAGGUUCCGCUCGCUUAUGUCGUGCGGAGUGCGAAGAGUAAAUCUUCAGGUGCCAGCGCAGAACAAGAGGCAGCCAACAUUAUCGAAUGGCUGGAUGGCAAGGUCGCGUACCACAAGCGACUGCGUGGCGGAGUACGCUUUGUGGACGCAAUCCCUAAGAGCGUGAGCGGAAAGAUUUUGCGGAGGGUUCUCAAGAAACAAGCCAAGGAGGAGGCAGCGGCACCUAAAGCCAAGCUGUAA